AUGAAGAAUCUUGGAAAUCAACAUACAAAAACUGAAUUAAUUGAAAAUACAGUCUCACACAUUUCAAAAUUUUCCUGGAAAACUGGUGAAGGGAAACAUUUAAAACUUUUUGCAUGUGAAGAGGAAGGUUAG